AUGUUGUUUAUUUUCUUUGGUCAGGUUUCAGCUACAUUCGCAGCUAGGCUUGUCAGUUUACCUGCAAUCGGAGCUUAUCUAGGUCGAGUGUGUAGUGAAGAACUUGUUGUAGCAUUGGCUACAGCUAUUGCAUUUCUAGAUAUUUGUUUUAUUCUUGCCUGUGUACCUGAAUCCCUCCCUGAAAAAGUACGUGUUGGUCAUUUGUGCUGUGUAUCUGCACUGGGUGGACCGACCAGUAAAUUCUCAUGGGGUAAAGCUGACCCUUUUGCAGUAAGACCUAGUUGUUAUUAG